UGUCGACCAAAAUGAAUCGUAAUAAUUGUUGUCGAUUGGACUGGGGCCCGUUCUGUCGUCUUCGCUUGCGUCUUCUCCUCGCCUCACGCCCGCCCCUCCUAUAUAAUGACCGGCAAGCCUGCCUCACCUCGGCUGCUCUCUCUCCACCACCUACCUACCCGGCCUAUCUACCUCCUAUCUAUCUAGGACCUACCUGUCUAGGGCCUACCUGUCUAGGGCCUACCUAACUGCUGCCCUUACUUCACACUACCCGUAUACUUACCUAUACACGCAUCCCACGCCGACAGACAGGUGGGCAGCCGGACAACCGGACAGCCAAGAAGCUCCCGAGGACCGAUCUUCGUUUUUUCUUCCUCGUCUUCCUCGUCUUCUUCGUAGCCAUGUCGGGGCCUACGUCACGGUUGCGUAACCUCAUCGGCCAUCUCAGCGCCCCGGCCUCGUCUAGCAAGUCGCCCGUCGGCUUUGACCACGCUCACCACCUCCACCAGCUAUCGCCGACUUUCUUCCUUGAGCGCGCCGCCGCCAUCGAGCCCGAUGCCACCGCCAUCUACCACGUCACCACCAACGGACAGGUGCUGCGCCGGUCCUACGGCGAGUUCGCCGAUCGCGCCCGCGGCCUGGCCUACUAUCUGCGCAAGCACGGCUACAAGCGCGUCGGCGUGCUCGCCACCAACACCCCCGCCUUCCUCGAAUCCAUCUUCGGCAUCAACGCCGCCGGCGGAGUCAUCGUGCCCGCGAAUUACAGACUGAAAGCCGACGAUGUCACGUAUAUAUUCGAAUUCGCCGCCGUAGAUUCCAUCAUCGUCGAUAAAGAGUUCCUGCCGCUUCUAGAUAAAUUCGCGAAGAGCCAUCCGAAUGUGCCGUUCAUCGUCGACCUGGAUACGGACGCGACGGAGGGCGAACUCUCUGGCCCAUUCGACGAAGCCGUGCUCGAAGGCUUGAAGCACGAUCAAGCCCUCGGAGGCCAGGGAUGGGCCGGCCUGCAGGUCCACCCUGCCCACGAAGAUGACAUGAUUGCUCUGCCCUUCACGUCCGGCACGACAUCGAAGCCUAAGGGCUGCGUCUACACACAUAGAGGCGCGUAUCUCGCUGCUCUGGCUAACAUUGUCGAGUCUGGCCUCAACGAUGACUACGCCAAGUGCAAAUACUUAUGGACACUUCCGAUGUUCCAUGCUAUGGGUUGGACGUUCCCAUGGUCGAUAACUGCUGUACGAGGGACGCACUAUUGCUUAAGAAAAAUAGAUUACCCCCUCAUAUGGAGGCUCCUUAAGGAGGAGGGGAUCACGCAUUUCAAUGCCGCACCCACGGUGAACACCCUACUAUGCGCUUCGGAAGGAGCUGAAAGGUUGCCCCGGCCCGUCCGCGUCACCGUCGCUGCGAGUCCACCAACAGCACACCUCUUCGAGCAGAUGACCGAUCUUAACCUCCGCCCGGUGCACGUCUACGGCUUGACCGAGACGUACGGUCCGAUAACUAAGGGUUACCCAAUGCCGGAGUGGGAGACGCUGCCACGGCAUGACAAGUACGCGCGGAUGGCGCGCCAGGGCCACGGAUUCCUAACCAGCCUGUCGAUCCGCGUGGUCAAGACAGAUCAGCCCGAGGGUGUACUGGUCGACGUGGCGCGCGACGGCAAGGAGAUCGGCGAGAUCGUCUUCUUUGGCAACAUCUGCUGCAAGGGCUACUACAAGGACCCCGAGGCCACGCGGAAGCUCUUCGCCGGCGGCGCCCUGCACUCCGGGGACCUCGCCGUCUGGCACCCGGACGGCAGCGCACAGAUCCAGGACAGGGCCAAGGACAUUAUUAUCAGUGGCGGCGAGAACAUAUCCUCGGUGGCACUCGAAGCGAUGCUCGUGCAGCAUCCGGCGGUGCUCGAGGCCGGGGUGGUGGCGGUGCCGGACUCGCACUGGGGCGAGCGGCCGAAGGCGUACAUCACGGUGAAGCCGGACGGCGACAAUGCGGCGCUGCAGCCCCAGGACCUGAUCGACUGGGCGCGCGGCCACAGCGCCAUUAGCAAGUUUAUGGUCCCGCGCGAGGUCGAGAUCGUCCCCGAGCUCCCCAAGACGAGCACCGGCAAGAUCCAGAAGAACGUGCUGCGCGAGUGGGCUAAGACGGGGCGGACCGCGGCGUGAUGGGCGACGGGCGACGCCGGAAUUUUGGAUAGAGCUGCGAUUGUAUAGACGUCCGGAUAUACGGCGUAGGCGAGGAGUCGCCGAGGCUUAAGAGCCGGCGGCGU